CUUAAACCACCUUUGUUUCGGUCACUACUCCGUUGUGUGAAAAUUCUCCACCGCCUUCGUCUUGUAAGUUCGACAGAUCUAUUGAUCUACGACCUGUCUCUGUGGGUUCUAUCUCGAUCUUCUGUUGCACCGUUUUUGGGUCGGUAAUGGCAACUAAGAGGAGUGUUGGUGAUCUCAAGGAGGCUGAUUUGAAGGGGAAGAAGGUUUUCGUUAGGGUAGAUCUGAAUGUUCCUUUGGAUGAAAACCUCAAGAUCACAGAUGAUACUAGGGUCAGGGCUGCUGUUCCUACCAUCAAGUAUUUGAUGGGUCAUAAAGCCAAGGUUAUCCUCUCAAGCCAUCUGGGACGCCCCAAGGGAGUCACACCCAAGUACAGUUUGAAGCCUCUUGUGCCCAGGCUAUCUGAGCUCCUUGGAAUCCAGGUUGAGAUGGCCAAUGACUGUAUCGGUGAGGAAGUCGAGAAGCUGGUGGCUGCAAUCCCAGAAGGAGGUGUUCUACUCCUUGAGAAUGUUAGGUUUUACAAGGAGGAAGAGAAGAACGACCCUGAGUUUGCGAAGAAGCUAGCUUCUCUUGCUGACCUGUAUGUGAAUGAUGCAUUUGGCACAGCGCACAGAGCACAUGCUUCCACAGAAGGGGUUACAAAGUUCCUGAAACCAUCUGUUGCCGGUUUCCUUAUGCAGAAGGAACUCGACUAUCUUGUUGGUGCUGUUGCAAACCCUAAAAAGCCAUUUGCUGCUAUUAUUGGUGGCUCAAAAGUAUCAACAAAGAUUGGGGUUAUUGAGUCUCUGUUGGAGAAGGUAGACAUCCUCUUACUGGGAGGUGGAAUGAUCUUUACCUUCUACAAGGCCCAGGGAUACUCUGUUGGAUCAUCCCUCGUAGAAGAAGACAAACUUGACCUUGCAACAUCACUUCUUGAGAAGGCCAAGUCCAAAGGGGUAUCUCUUUUGCUGCCCACUGAUGUAGUAAUUGCUGACAAGUUUGCUGCCGAUGCAAACAGCCAGGUUGUUCCAGCAUCUAGUAUUCCUGAUGGUUGGAUGGGUUUGGAUAUUGGACCAGACUCCAUCAAGACAUUCAAUGAAUCUUUGGAUACCACCAAGACAAUCAUUUGGAAUGGACCCAUGGGAGUGUUCGAAUUUGACAAGUUUGCCGUGGGAACAGAGGCAAUUGCAAAGAAGUUGGCAGAACUGAGUGGAAAGGGUGUGACUACAAUAAUAGGAGGUGGAGACUCUGUUGCUGCAGUGGAGAAAGUAGGCCUUGCUGACAAGAUGAGCCACAUCUCAACAGGAGGUGGUGCUAGCUUGGAGCUUCUCGAGGGCAAGUCGCUUCCUGGAGUUCUUGCUCUUAACGACGCAAACUGAGGCCAUUUUUCUUGCUGCUUUCGCUUUCGGUUGCGUGUGUCUGUCUUGUCUUUAGUGCUGUUGUUUGUCAGGGUUUGUUAAAGCAGCUUAGGAUGAGCACUGUAUUGUAGCGGCUGCGGAAUAUGAGAAUAUCAGGUUUAGAAUAAAAUAAGUUCGUUCAUUCCUCGAGCAUAUCAUCUGCCAUAGCACUUGGGGUGUUAAACUCUACUAAUGUUGAUCAAUGUCAAUAUAAUUUGGUUUCCUUUUA